AUGACAAAAUUAUUAUCGUCACAAUUUUCAUUACCAACAAUUUUGAAAUCUCCACAAAUAGGAAUACAUUAUUAUGUUUAAGAAAUAAAUUAGAAUCCAUUUUAACAUUUCUAACAUCUACCAUCAAUGCAGACAUCACAAAAUUCUGAACAACUAAUAACACAGGAAUCACAUAAAUCAAAUGGAUUGAAAUUACCAUCAUCACAUUCUUCUUGUCCAUAAACAAUAAUAUUAUCUCCACAAAUUGAUUCACAAUUACUUCCAGUUAAAUACCAUCCAUUCUAUUAGUCACAUUCCAAACAUAUUCCAAAAUAACAAUUAGUACAAUGUUCAUAACAUUAAAAUUAACAUUCAAAACAACCAUCAUAUGGAUAAUUAUUUCCAUCAUCACAAGCUUCAAUUCCAAUUACAAUUUAAUCUCCACAAUUGGUAGUACAUUAAUAAAUAGAUUCUAUUAAAAUGUAGUUAUCUUUACACUCAUAACAUUUACCUCUUUAACAAUUAGAACAUUCCUCUUAACAUUAAAAUUAGCAUUGA